AUGUCUGACCCCUUUGUGACAACAUGGACUGUAGCCCACCAGUCUCCUCUGUCCAUGGGAUUCUCCAGGCGAGAAUACUGGAAUGGGUUGCUAUUUCCUUCUCCAGGGGAUCCUCUCCACCCAGGGAUCAAACUCGAGUCUUCUGCAUUGCAGGCAGAUUCAGAUUCUUUACCUCUGAGUCAAAAAGAAAGCCCCAUAAAUUUACCUACUCGGCACAUUUCAUACAAACCGGAUGAUGCAAUAUGUGGGGUUUCUUUUUUUGCUGCACUGGAUCUUUGUUACAGGGCAUGGGCUUUUUCUAGUUGUGGUGCAUGGGGCCUUCUCUCUAGUUGUGGCGCUCAGGUUUAA